CAUGGCCCCGGGGACUGGAGCCAGGGGCCAUGGAGGUCCAAACCUUCGAUCAAGAAGGCUUGGAAGAUAGUGCGAAAAUACCGGCGGGCCACGCCCUGACUACGGACAAAGGAAAAAUCCUAGACUGUGCGAUGGAUGAGACAAUAUUCAGUAAAGCGUUUGCGUGCAGUGAACAAUUAAAAUAAAAUAAUUAAUAGCAAUUAAAUAAUUGCUUUUAAUUAUUUUAUUCAAUUAAAUAAUUGCUAUAAAAUAAUUAAUAGCAAUGAUGUUGGACUAAAGAAAAUUAUCUGGCAGGGCAGAGACAAAGAGCUUGGCAUAGUGAAGUGUUAUCAUUGUAAUAGCGAACUUAAACUAGGACCGGUGUCAUGGGGCUCAUCCCAAAUGAAUACGCCAGAGCUUAAGUGUGACAAUUGUAAAAAUGUGACAAUAGUGAAAGCAGUGAUAGCGAUCUCGAUAAAACCCACGGCCCAUUCCAUACUGCCGGUGGCUGAAAUAACUAUCAUAACUGCUUCGCAGAACUCUCUAGUGGCGGCUGAGCGAAAAUGUAGUAACUGUGGCAGAAUAAAAUUAUUUAAUAUAAUUAGCUUGUUGGACAUCGGACACGAUCUCCAAAGAGAUCUACAAGUGUUGGAGUUGUGAAAAAGUAGCCUCGGUGAGAAUAAACCCGAAAAAUACUGUGGCUAAAUCGAACAAAAAGAAUCGACGUGGCAACCGCAGUGGCGCGAAAAUCCAGCCAACGCCCAUGAUUGCGAGACAUGACGCAACACUCGGGCCGCGUGGUGGGGGAGUCUCGACGUUUGCACACGGCACCAUCGCGCCUGCGCGCGUCACCAUUGGUAGUGGGGAUAAAGUAUCAGGGUCACAGACCGACGCGGGAGAUAUCGCGAGGCGUACGCCCCGCCCACAGUCUAGCGGUGGGGAGAACGCGUACCAGGCAAACACGGACUAUGUGACUGUUGCCAAGCGAAACGGGGUCAAGCUUACCGCGAACCAACAAACGCUACAGCGCAUCGAGAAAUCAAUACAAUGGGCGAAAACACAACAAAGCAAAUCUUUGCAACACAAUUUCGUCUCGGAAAAUAGAUUCAAUGCACUACAAAUCGAAGAGGUGAAGGAAUCGACAUCUCAACCGGUAACGCAGCAAUCGCCGAGUACGAAUGGAAGCCCGGAUUUGCAAACGAGGAAGCAAGGUAGACCCAACUCACCACCGACAGCUUUGCCGAAUAAAAAGGCGAAACAAAUAAUCAACAAUGCGCCGGCGAUCAUAGUUCGCGACGCGAAUAUCACUGCAAGUCAGGCAAAAAUUACGGAAAUAAGGAAUAUUGUCACCAAGGCGAAAUCAAAAUUAUCCGUAUUCAAGAGUCAGAUAAUCAUACAGCCGGCUGAUGUAGAAGCACGCAGAGGGAUACUGGAAGAACUUCGCACGAGCAUCACUCCCGAGAGAGUAAUUGCACCAAAACCAAAGUCCGAAAGGAUUUUGACAACGAAGGUGGUGUUCAAAAAUGAUGUAUACGGAGAAUCGGACACCGACAUCGCUACGGAGGUGAGAGAUGCAUUGACAUCAAACCAAUAUCAGCCAAGAGACUGGGAAACAACAGAACCACGCUACUGGUCUUCAGCAAGGAGAUCUCACCGGAGCGCAUCAUAAAUGCAUUCGAAACGACAUGACACAGGACGCAAGAAAAUCUUUUUGUCUUUGAUGUGUUCCCAAUUCCCAGUGCGAUUUAAAAAUGAUGUUCCUCUUUUCAGAAGAAACUUUAGUGGAACACUAUAGUCGGCAUUUGUUAGUGCAAGGAGGAAGAAUUGAUUUAAUUUAGAACUCUUUGUUAUAUACUCUAGUCCACUAUUCUUUAAACGCUUCAAUGUAACUUGUUUCCACUCAUUCAUAUUUCUUUGACGUUUUCUAGACCAUUUUUUAUUCGAUUCUAGCACAACAUUAUCCUCAUUUGUGCGGAAAGUUUAUUCUGUUUAAAUAUUACCUUCAUCAUUUUGAAAGUCAACCAUAUUAGGCUGAGGAGAACUGGUGCUGGAACUAGAAUAGCUACUGCUGGAACUGGAUGAGCUGCUGCUGGUACUAGAAGAACUGGACAAGUUUCUGGGUUAAGAAGAUCUACUGUUGCGUUCAAUGACAAUGACUUGGAGGCUUAUGUUCUGAACCUUCUGAUGGUGAAAAAUCUUCAUUAUUUGAGGAAUCGGAAGCCUUGUUACCUUAAAAGUUAAAACAUAAAUAUUAAUUUAAUCAGUAAUUUACAAUAGCAAGUAAAACAGUAUUAGCUUCUAAUUGAUUCAAUUACCAUCUUUGUAGUUUGUCAAUUAAUAUGAAUAAUAAACCACUACAUUAAUA